AUGCGCCGCCCAUGCGCCUUCCUUGUUGUACUACUUGUGGUGUUGUAUGCGGCGAUGUUUACGCCUGUUGGCGCCGGUGCUGAAGAUGCAGAUGCUGACGUGGCUGCGUCGUCCUUCGAGCAUCUUGAGAUGCUUGAGGUUGGUGACCUGCGGCAGAUGCUGCACGAAAAGCAGCAGCCGUUCCAGCAUCUGCAUACCAAACAGCAGCUCAUCAAUGCUCUCGUGGAGCUGCACAAGAAGGAGAAGCUCGUCGAGAAAAUCCGGCGGCACCGCCGGCAGCACGUGCUGCGGGUGGAGUACUGCUCCGGCUGA